AUGUCAGACUUCGAAGAUAACGACGAAAUGGAAAUCGACCGCCCAUCCAACGACAUCCAAUUCUCCUCGGCAAAAGACAGCAAAGGCAAACGCAGCGCCGCCAAUCUCCCAGUCGAAGCCGAAGACAACCUGCCAUGGGUAGAAAAGUACAGACCCAACUCCCUCUCAGACGUCUCCGGACACCAAGACAUCCUCGCCACAAUCAACAAAUUCGUCGACUCGAAUCGCCUCCCACAUCUCCUCCUCUACGGCCCACCAGGCACAGGCAAGACCUCCACAGUGCUCGCCUUGGCUCGCAAGAUAUACGGCAACAAGAACAUGCGCCAAAUGGUUCUCGAGCUCAAUGCUUCCGACGACCGAGGUAUUGACGUUGUGCGAGAACAGAUCAAGACCUUCAGCUCUACGAAACAGAUCUUCGCCGGGAGCUUCGACAAGAGCAAGCAGGACGACAGCAUGGCGACAUACAAGCUCAUCAUUCUCGACGAGGCGGAUGCGAUGACAAGUACCGCGCAAAUGGCGCUGAGACGAAUCAUGGAGAGAUACACGGCCAACACAAGAUUCUGCAUCAUCGCCAACUACACUCACAAACUCAGCCCCGCACUCCUGUCCAGAUGUACGAGAUUCCGUUUCUCGCCACUGAAAGAGCCUGAUAUCCGAAGAUUGGUCGACAAAGUCAUCAUCGAAGAAGGCGUGAAUAUUGCUUCGGACGCAACAGACAGCCUGGUCACACUUUCCAAGGGAGACAUGAGACGGGCAUUGAAUGUGCUGCAAGCAUGCCAUGCUUCAUCAACGCCACUUCACGUUCCCGGCGAACCAGUCAAGGAGGGCAAAGACAUCCAACGAGAUCUGAUCACGAUGGAGACGAUUUAUGAUUGUAUUGCUGCACCGCACCCAGCAGAUAUCAAGAUGAUUAUCCAGACACUGCUUACGACCAAAAAUGUUGGGUCGUGCUUGACGACAAUCAAUGUCUUGAAGAAGACGAAAGGUCUGGCGUUGGCGGACAUUCUGACUGCGCUGGGCGAUGAGCUUACGGAGCUUGAGGUCCCGGCUCAGACCAGAGUGGCUUGGCUGGAGGGUCUCCCGGAGAUCGAGCAUCGUCCUUAG